AUCUUACUCACUCUUUUUUUUUGCCAAGUCUUAUUCCUAUUUUCGCGCCGGACGCAUUAGACUUCCCCUCUUACUGUUCCUUUCAAAACAAUCGUUAUUCUUUCUUUUGAGAUAACAAUAAUACUUCUCUAUCCCUUUCAACUCCUUUUUAUUUUGCAACUGUCAAUUUCUUGUGCUGUGCACUAUAUUCUCAACCCCUCCCCUCCCUCUCUUUAUCACUCAAAAGAUGCGUUUCUCCUACCUUGCCAUUCUCCUGAUUUCACUCGCCUUUGUCCUCGCCGAUGCUGCUGCUGUUGAAAAUGUAGAAAAGAUUUCCCGUGCCCAGAAAACGAUCAUUCAGAAAAGAUCCCAAACAUACUCUGGAAAAGCAACCUGGUUUAUUCCCUCAAAAGAAGGUGGUUCUGCAGGCGCCUGUGGUCCUAAUGAAGCAGACGAUGCACCCAUUGUUGCCUUGAACCAUCCUCAAUAUGGAUCCAUGUCAGCAAAGAGCAGCUGGUGCGGCAAAAAGAUCCUGAUCACCAAUGGCAAAAAAUCUGUUACAGCCACAAUUAACGAUGCCUGCCCUGAAUGUGCCCAUGGUGACCUUGACCUUACACCUGUCCUGUUUGAGAAGCUCGGAGAUCUCAACACUGGUAUCCUCCAAAUCAAGUGGCAUCUCCUCUAAAAUCAUAUAGAUAAUUCAUCCUUGUUGUAUCAUCAAAAUAUCUUUACAUAUAAGAAACUCAUUCAUCAGCACCCAUUAAAAAUUAUAACAAAAAAAAACUACAUAUAUACAUAUUUAUACUAUAUUGCACAUGUCAUCU